AACAAUUCUGCCAUAACCAUCCUUCUCUAGGACAGAAGGCAGUGGGGCAGCUGGGUGAAAGAGAUGAAACACAAAGUUGCAAACCAGGAGAGCUUGUUUAAAAGCCCAGCAGCCUAGGAGAGAGAUCAAGAAUGAGAGAUGUCAUUGGUACCGGUGGGUUUGUUGAGGGCAUUUCAACAAAUGAAAUUCAAAGCAUGCACGUGGGACAAGCAGAUGCAACUAAUUCUGAUGGACAUCUACCCAGCAAGCUGCAUAACUUCCUUAAAAAAAAUCUGAAAUCUCUGGGUGUAGCUCAGAUAAUGACUGGUCUGAAAUGCUUCUUAGCUGGCAUCAUCGAGAUUUUUUUCUACUGGUACAUUAAGGACAGGGGUCUUUUAUUCUGCUUUUAUAUUGGCUACCCAUUCUGGGCUGGAGUGUCUUUCAUCAUGUCUGGAUCUUUGACCAUCUCAUGUACAAAAAAACAAACAAAAUUUCUGACUGGAGUGACUAUUGGAGCUAACAUCAUCAGCACACUACUUUCAAGCACUGGGGUAGUUCUUCUCUCAGUGAAUUUAGUUGAUCUAUUCUUAUCUGAAUGCUCAGAGUUACGUGAGUGUUCACUGAUUAAAACUUUUGUAAGUGUUAUCGUGAUCUUUCAAAUGAUAGUGACUUGUGUGCAAAUUUUUAUUUCCUUCUCGCUCUGUGGGCUCACUUAUACUGUGCAUGGCAAUGAGAUCAGCUGGAUUUCUGCACUAAGUUGCUUGAUCAGAUCACAUUCUGAAGAUCCUUAUCAAGAUUUAUUGACUCAACCUGAAAUUUAUGAAGACUUAGUGCUGCAAGAUAUAGAUCCUGUUCACUCUGAUCUGUGAGACACCAUCAUAAUCAUCUUUACCAUACCGGGGCAUCUUGGAUCCAUGAUGGCAACCAAAGACAGAUUUUCUGUUAGGAUCUCCUACAAAUACCCUCCUUCCCACAGAUUUCAUCAUGCAAUUCUCUCUCUCUCUCUCUCUCUCUCUCUCUCUCACACACACACACACACACAAUUAUCAGUAUAUGUGCUUUAUUUUAUAGUUGACCAGCAAGUACUAGUACAAGCACUCCAUAGAUGAAUAGACCUUUUUUUUUUCUCAUUUGGAUAAUCUAUUACCAUUUUUAAGCAAAUAUUAGUUCUUGGGUCUCACAGAGUAAUUUGUUGUUACCCACUUGCUUCUUCCUAGAAACCGUACUUCCUUCUUGCUUGACAAUUGAUUCAAGUGAAAAAUCUUUAUACAAAUAGUUUGGAUAAGUGGUGGCAUACUGUUCGGCAUUGGGUCCAAUCUAAGUUCCUUUGACUGCUGAAUGUAGCAGCUCUUCCUUGCUUGUGUUAAGGUGAACAUGAGAAAAUAAAAUAAGAUACAAAGUGUAAAUGACCACACUCUGAUGUAUGACAUACAAUAAAAAUCUAAAGCAACUUCA